GCUGGCUCUGUUCUCAUUCUUGUUCCUCACCAAUUUUUGUCAUCUACUGAUUCCGCGAUACUCCUUAAAUUGCAUAUACCUAAAGUUCUCAACACUGGAUCGACUUGACGUGGGACGGUAAAGGGAACACAAAUCUCUGCAAGUCUUCGUUGGACGCAUCUCGUCGCGCGUCACAAGACAUUACCUUAACACAACACAGCACCAGCCCCUCCUGGUAUGAACGUCUUAUUUAAAAAAGUUAUACCACGAUGAACGAUGUGACUACCUCUUUGCUCACUGAGCACUUCAGUUACACUCCCUUGUCCCUGAUAGACGACAUUAUCAACUCUGUCAACAACCUAAUCUACCAAGCCAUCUCCAGUCUCGAAACGGGCCUCAUAUCUACCCCUCCAGAACGCCUAGGCUUUGCCCAUGCCAGUAAUGGUUCUACCAUUCCGGACACCGAUGAGGACGGCAAUGUCGUCUAUCCCGAAGCGAAACUUGAGAUUGAGAAUGGAUUGCAUCAGCUAGAGACACUCCUAGAGGCGACGGUUGAUAAGGCGUUUGAUAAAUUUGAGAUCUAUGUGCUCAGAAACAUCCUCACCGUGCCGGAGGACCUGUUGGGGUGGAUAAGACUGAAGCAUUACGAGGAUAUCUCCUUCGACACUUCAGAUAUGCCAACACCGGAAACAGUCCAAACGUGGCGCAAGAAGCUGAAUGAGGCGAGGAAAUUGAAUAGGUCGCUGAAGCAAGAAUACGCCCGGAAUGAAGCCGUUAUAUCUCAACUAAGGUCUAUAAUAUCUGCUGUUCAAGCUUCGAAAUCUGCAGAGGGAGAGGGAGAUGUCAAGUCAGAAACUAGCACCGGUGAUCUUAACUUGUCGUUUUUGACCUCCAGUCCUUCUGCGCAGCAGUUACGGGUUGGCGUCGCUGCGGGAUCUAAUGCGAAACAUACACCCCUUACGACUAACGCGACGUUCAUCUUAUCACAGCUUCCUGUGCUACAGGCGACGCUCAGGCAGCUCCGGCCGAAAUUGCAAACAUUGCCCAAAUCAACAGAUGAGAUGGACGUUAGUUCCAAAAGGGAUGAGAGAAAGGAAUAUAUCGAGAGCAGAAUAAGACUACAUCUGGAGCGUGCCGGGCAAUUGGCAGUUGGCAGCGAUGGAAACUACCUUGUGGUAGGUAGAAAGAUUGAUGCUGCGGAGGCUCAAGCAUUAGAGGUUGUGACGGGCAUGCUUACAGCAGGCGACAAAAAGCCAGAGUAAGAAAUACAGCUUAAGCUUUUUACUCAAAAUUGAAAAAUGGUGGCAUCUUUCAUGACAAUAUGCGACGAACGCUCAAACCCAAGAGACAGUCCAAGUCUCUUGGUCCCUCCUGAAAGGAACGACGUCCAAGCUUUGUGACUCGAGAAUAUUUGCGAUCUUUUCACCCUUCCUUUCGAGAGUGAUAUGCUCCUUCUGCUCCCCUUCCAGGCCGUAAAAUUUUCGGCCAAAUUUGCUCAAAAAGCCCUCAAGAAUUUCUGGGGUAACGUCUUCUGCGUUCAAAACGCCGUUUUGGCAAGCCUGCUCGAAUGCGUCGACGACGAUUUGGGUUGCAUAUGGCUGUGUGAAUACACCUGCCGCGAUCUUGUCACCGCCGCGCUUGGAGUUGGCAGGAUGGGGUGCACUGUCGGAGCCGAAGAAGAACUUUGGAUUGCCGGAAGCAGCUGCCAGCAGAAGCGCGUCACGGUCUGCAGGCGUCUUGGCAACGGGCUUGCAGAAACAGAACGGGUCUCCCGCCCAAUUGUCGAUAAUGAUGGACAGAUGGUGAGCAGUAAUCGUGCCAGCGACAGUCGGCCCGCACUUCUUAACGGCUUCCACUGCGGCAGCGGUCGUGCAGUGUUCUAGGAUGAUACGAAGCUUAGGGAAGCGCUCAUGGAGUUGGAAAAGGAUGGGCAGGAACCGCUCUUCUGCGGUCAUGACUGUAAUGUCACCUUUUGAGGGACAUUCACCGUGGAGGUUCAAAACUAGACCCUGACGUUCCAUUUCCUCGAAAACAGGAUAGAACUGGGAAUAAUCGACAACCCCAGAAGAGGAAUUCGUGGUCACACCAGCCGGGUAGCUUUUGACACCGGCAAUACCUUGUUUCUUGGCAUCGAUUAUGACCUCGGGAGUCACAUUUUCGUGAAGAUAAAGGGACAUGAGAUAGUUCACCUUCGGUUCAAUGGCUUGUAGACGCUUUUUAUACUCCAGAGCAUGCUCGACAGUGGUAAUCGGCGGGACCAGAUUUGG